AUGGCGUCACAGCAAACUGGGCUGGCUGGUAGAGGAAAGACCACUCUUUUUGACAAGAUUGCGUAUGAUUGGGCAGUUGGCUCUUGCAAGGUCUUACAGAAGUAUAAACUGCUCUUCCUUUUGAAAAUGUGUGAUCUGAAGCAGGAGUCGGAUCUUAUUGAUGCAGUUUUUGACCAACUCCUAGCAGAAGACACAAGUAUAGACAGGAAUGCUCUGGGGUCAUACAUCAAGAUGAAUUCUGGCAAAGUCCUCAUUCUCUUGGAUGGCUUUGAUGAGUUGAGGACCACUUCCCUCAACAAAUCGUCAUUUGGUUCCAUACUGAAAAUACUCAAUCGUAGGAUGUGUAGAGGUUGCACUGUACUUGUGAGCACCCGCCCCUCCCACUUAGACAGAUUGACAACAAAGGAACUGAUUCAACCACCAUUCACACAUGUCAGGGUCAUGGGGUUCAGUAAAGAAGACAUCACUGAGUAUGUGAACAAGUUUUACUGUGAUGAACCUACUAAGGCAAAGGAACUUCUGACAAGGAUUAGAUCCUCAAACCUUUUGUCAGUUUCAGCCGAGAGUCCCAUGUUGCUUCUCAUGAUGUGUUCCCUGUGGAGUGAAGAUUCCAAACUUCCAGAAACAAUGUCACGCUUCUACCACAACGCAGUUAAUGAAAUUGGCAAAAGAAAAGAUGUUUCAGAACAAGAAAUGAACAGGGUGGUGAUUAAACUUGGCAAGGUUGGAUUACAAGGUCUUCUUUCCCCAGAUCAAGUGCUGUGCUUUAAAGAAAGUGACUUUGAGCCGGGUGUGCUUAGCCUUGCUGUAAAAGCCGGUAUUUUGACCAGACAGAGAGUCCUUAAGAGCCGAAUACCUCACAGCAGUGUGCAGUUCAUUCAUAAAACGUUUCAGGAAUUUUGUGCUGCAUUAUACUACCAAAACUUGUUUAAAGCAGACAGAGUAGAAUUUCAGAAGACUCUAAGUAAGAUUGUGUCAAAAGGUCCAAUGGAUUUUGAGAACCUUCUGCGCUUUUGUUGUGGUAGAAAUGAGGCAUGCACAUUUGAGAUAAUAAAGGUAUUGCAAGAGGAGUGUAAUGAGGAGGAUUUGUCCGUUGAUUUACAGGUCGGUCAGUUGGCUCUUCACUGUUUUUUUGAAGGUCAAUGUAAGAUUUUGCCUCCUGAGGAUUUCAUACGCUCUCUCAUACCUGAUAGCAUCAUCUUUCAAGGUCUUGAUAAUGACAGUCUCAACUCGGUAACAUACUUUCUGAAAUGUUUUGCUCAGGACAGUGGCAAUGCUCAUCACCUUGCAAAAGUUGAAAAAUUUAGGGUUUUGCUUGGUAAUUUGACAAGGUGUGUCAGGCAUUUGGGCAUUGCUCUGAGUGCAAUGACAAAUCUACGCGAGGCAGAAUUCACUACUUGCUUGAACUGUGAGACCAUAGCACACAUCACUAAGUCACUCAGUGAUCUACCCAGCUUGGUGAAACUAUUUUUUUCUGAUAACCUGGGUGGUACAGCAGCAUCAUGGGGGAUGCAUCUGAAGGCGCUGAAGCCCCUUCAAGAGCUGACCUUUAGUCGCUGCCUUUUCAAUAGACAGGACAUGGUACAUCUUGCCGAGUCACUUGGGGAUCUACCCAACUUGGUUGAACUAACUAUAACUUUUAAUAACUUGGCUGGCACAGCUGAAUCAUGGUCAAUGUAUCUCAGGCUUAUCAAGCCCCUCCAGAAUCUGUUGCUAAGUUACUGCUCAUUGACUGGACAAGACUUGGUGCAUGUGGCAGAGUCACUUGGAGACCUACCCAACUUGGCUACAUUAUAUCUUUCAAGUAAUAACCUGGGUGGUACAGCUGAAUCAUGGUCCAUGCAUUUGAAGCGCAUCAAGCCCCUGAAAAAUCUGUCGCUGAAUGACUGCUCAUUGAGCGGACUGGGCGUGGUACAUGUUGCAGAGUCACUGAGGGAUCUACCCAACUUGGUUUUCUUGAAUCUCUCUGGUAAUAAUCUGGGCGGUACGGCAGCAUCAUGGGGAAUGCAUCUGAAGGAGCUCAAGCCCCUACAAUGCCUAGGCUUGAAGGCCUGCUCAUUAAAUGGACUGGACAUGGUACGUGUUGCUGAGGGUCUCAAGGAUCUACCCAACUUGGUUUCAUUGGAUGUUUCUGGUAAUAACCUUGGUGGUACCGCAGCUUUAUGGUGCAUUCAUCUAACCCAUGCAUUGUCCCUAAGGUACAUGUACCUGGAUCUCAGAGACUGUGGGCUGACAGAUGAAGAUAAGAAAUACAUCCAUGUUGCACUGGGUAACCUACAUGUAGGUGAAUUGCACAUGUAGCAGUGGUGGUAUGGUACAUGUAGAGUAAUUGACGGGAGUAGCCAAGUGACUCAUCAGCAACAGUACCUUUCAUUGAUCAUCUCUGUUUGUUUGUUAAUAUUCUGGGGAGUGAGUUCAAGUCAUGCACCAGCCUUUGAAUGAAAACUUAUUCUGCCAAUCAGCUGUGAGAGGAGUUGUCCCUUAAUCGUGCCUCUUUGUUUUUCCGCUGCUCUCUGUUUCUCUUGGGGGAGUGAGUUCCAGUCAUGUGCCUUUCUCUGACUGGACACAUUCAGCCUGUUAGCUGUCAGAUCGUUCAGAGGCCUCAAUGUAAUUUCUACAUCUUUGAGUUGACUUUCACCUACCCAUACUCCAAACAUUUGAGAAUCCUGUACCUGCUUUAAGCAAUUCAUUAAUCCUUGUAAACUUCAAUUCAGCAGUGCCAAGCCCACUGUCCCAGGAGAAAACCCUGGAAAUAUGUAUUUCUGAUCAGGCUCCAUGCAGACAAACGAAAGACGGACAAGUAAUCUGUGAAUCUCAACACUUCAUUGAAUUUACCUUUUUAUUCAAAACCAAUUAACAAAUCAAAAUUACAUCCAAAAAUUAAUUAACUGAAUACAUUACAAAUCAUCAAAGAAAUCGGGCCCAAACCAACAGUUUAUUGGCUCCGCUGGGGAAGUGAGCUGCCUGGGUUAAGAUGUUAAAGCACCGGUGCAUGAUCUGCAAAGUGGAGUGUCUGGCAUCUCUGACCUUCAUUUCUCAUAGGUGAGCUGGCUGAUAAUCCUGCUGUUCUGGUUGACACUGGUUCAGC